GGCCGGGCCGUCGCCCCUCCCGCGGUGCGGGGCGGGCCGGGGCCGCGCUUAUAGGGGCGGCGGCGGCGGGGGCCGGCGCGGCGCGGGGCCGCCAUGGACCUGCACAUCCUGGAGCACCGGGUGCGGGUGCUGAGCCUGGCCCGCCGCGGGCUCUGGCUCUACACCCACCCCCUGCUCAAGCUGCUCUUCCUGCCCCAGCGCUGCAGGUGCAAGUUCUUCAGCCUGACAGAGACCCCCGAGGACUACACCAUCAUGCUGGAUGAGGAGGGCUUCAAAGAGCUGCCGCCCUCCGAGUUCAUGCAGGUGGCGGAUUCGACGUGGCUGGUGCUCAGCGUCGUCUCCAAUGGCCGGGAACCCUCCGGCUGCCAGGCCACUGGUGUCACCAAGAUCGCCAGGUCGGUCAUCGUGCCGCUGGCUGAGCACCACGUCUCGGUGCUGAUGCUCUCCACCUACCAGACCGAUUUCAUACUGGUGCGGGAGCGGGACUUGCCAGUGGUGAUUCACACGCUGGCAGGGGAGUUUGACAUCUACAAGGAGGAGGGUGGAGAGUGCGUCCCCAUCACCUGUGAUGAUGUCAGCAAUGGCUUCCUCAAGCCCAAGCCGGCUGCCAGCCCCACGCUGCACCCCGUACAGAGCCCCCAGACCCGCUUCUGUGUCCUGACCGUGGCCCCUGACACGCUGCCCGCCAUUGCCACCAUGCUCAUUGACGUCCUCUUCUACUCCCACAGCCCCCCAAGGGAGGCUGGUGACAGCAACCAGGACCUUGACUCCAUCACCUUCUUCGCCUUCUCCCUCAUCGAGGGCUACAUCUCCAUCGUGAUGGAUGCUGAAACCCAGAAGCGGUUCCCCAGUGACCUGCUGCUGACCAGCUCAACAGGGGAGCUGUGGCGGAUGGUGCGGAUUGGCGGGCAGCCCCUGGGCUUCGAUGAAUGUGGCAUCGUGGCGCAGAUUGCCGAGCCGCUGGCCGCUGCCGACAUAUCAGCGUAUUACAUCAGCACCUUCAACUUUGAUCAUGCGUCCCUGAGGAGGGUAUCGCCGAGGUCAUCCAGCUGCUGCGGCAGCGCCAGGAGAGCAGCAGAUAGUGGCUGGCUGUCCCCACGCCGGGUGGCCCAGCGCGGUGGCACGGUGGGCUUCCCCUUCCCCCCCACCCCCUAUAGUUGUUAUUUUUUAGUUUUAAGGCUUCCUCUGGUGUGGGGCAGAGCUGGGUGCAGCAUCACUCCCUGCCUGCUGGGGAUGUGGGGGCAUGGUGGCUUCAGGGGCCCAGUGGCCUCGUGGCAGUGGGACGGUGUCCUGUGGGAGGGGGAAGCAGUCCCCACCGUGCCACCCUGCAGGCGAGGCCGAAGGGCAGCACUGUGCCAUCCUCUGCCCCCAGGCUGGGUGCUCAGGAGGAGGGCAGGUGCCCCCGGGGGCCUGCUGGUGGAGAGGGACAUGGGGGGGACAUGCCAGAGAGCAGCAAUGUGCCACCACAGUGCUGGGAGUGAUUGCCCGGGGCUGGCAGGACACGUCCCAAUGCCCUGUGUGUGUCCCCAUGGGUGGUCCCCAUGGUGGGGGGGUGCUGCCAUGAUGCUCUGGGGCACCCCAGCCCCGUCGGGGGUGUAAGCAUCCCCAGAGCCGGGGUUCCCCCCAGCACCCCAAAACCCUCCAAGGCAGAGACAGUGGGGGGCUGCGGUUCAGCCCCAGCCCUGUGUCCCCUCUGGGGUGGCCCCACACCCCUGCCUGGGCUGUUACGCAUUGGGGGCGGGAGGUGGCAGUGAACCCCCCCCAACUCUUCCCAAGCUGUAUUUUCACAUAGUUUUUAAUAAGGCAAUAAAAGUCCUAUUAUUUUUA